AUGAAAUAUUUUUCUUUCGUGUUACACGUGGGUCACCAUCAGCAAUCACAUAAAAUAGUCACACAAAUUCAACCUGGUCCAAGAUCAGUCACGCCGAAUAUAGAUAAACCAUGGACGCCAAAUUCAUUCAGCGAUCUGCUCAACGAGCGAGAGUCGAAACCGGAUAAAGCAAAACGGUCGAUAGGGGCUUGGUUAAAGGAACAUGCCUGUUGUUGCUGUAUUGUCACAACGAUUAUCUUGCUUUUGUUGAUUGCUGCAUUAAUCGUGGGUCUGGUCGUCGGAUUGAAGAAAUCAGAUGGCACUUCAGCAGCGGCAGCAACAAUUAAUUACAAUACUACAACAAGUACAUCUACUACUUCCACGUCGGCCACCACAACAACAGUUACAACCACUACCACUAGCACAGCUAGUACUUCGACAACAUCAAGCACUUCAAGCACCUCAACUAGUACAACAUCGACGUCGACGGCGACAACUAGCACAACUUCUACCAAUACUCUUUCGACUACUACGACCACUGCGACAACUUCUACGACAACAUCCACAGCCACUACAACAACCACAAGUACCGCAACGACUACUUCAACUUCUGCGACGACCACAUCAACUUCGGCUACAACAAGUACCGCCACAACAACGUCAACUUCCGCAACGACAAGUACUGCAACGACUACCACUAGUACCGCAACGACAACCUCAACUUCGGCCACAACAACAACAACUACUACUACGAAACCUGUUUGUACAACUCAAGUAACAUUCGAUGAUAUUUCUGGUCAAUCAUCAUCAUCUGGCACUGUUCCAAACGGGUAUAAAAAUCUUAACUGGGUCAAUACUGUGUACAUAAAUGCAUCAUCAGCACCAAUAGGUGGCCUGCGAUCUAUAGUUCCUGCCUCAUCCUACGUCGCUUACAAUCCAGGAGGCAGUAAUAUAACAAUAUCAUCGGCUAAUGGUUCAAGUUUUUCAUUUGAUUCCAUCACUUGGACUUCUGCUUGGCGAAGUGGUCUCAAUAUAUCGAUCGCAUUGUUCCGACUGGGUUCUUUCAGAUUGGGUACUUCCCGCGCUGUAUUUGCAGCUAACUCAACACUAUUUCAAUGUACUGUUUGUACAAAUAUAGACACGAUUGUCUUGUCCGCGGGCAGUGGAACUCCAUACUCUGGAUUAUCUCAAAAUGGAACGGAAAUGGUAAUUGAUAAUCUAUGUGUUUCAUUUGGAUAUUAA